ACUUGCACUCAGCGAUGCUCGCGCACGGAUGCGUCCGCCCUGUCAUCUUCUAUUGAGGAGAAACACACCAUAUGGACUUUGCAUUGGGGAUUUGUGGCGCUGCUUCAUAGAUUCUUUUUUUUUUGUUGAGUCUUUUCGAUUUUUUUUUUUUUAAUUUAAAACAAGUUUGAAUCAUGUUGUCAACUAGCAAUAAGAAGACCGCCGUCUCCGUGGGCAGCGCGGCGGGCCUCUGCCUGCUGCUGCUGCUGCUGCUGGUCGCCGCGCAGCAUCACCGCGUCCAGGUGCAGGACGACGCGUCCGCGGCGGCGGCGGACGCCGGCACGCGCUCUCUGCUCCAGGAUGCCGCGCAGGAGGAGCACACCAAGAAGGGCUUCUCGGCGUACUUCACCAAACUGACCCGGGCACGCCGGGAGGUGGAGAAGCCCGGGCGCUCCUCCGCGUACGGCGCCGACCCGCCUCCGGCCGAGGACAUCGGCGCCGAUGACGUCUUCAUCGCGGUGAAGACCACCAAGAAGUUCCAUCAGUCCAGGCUGAAUCUGCUCCUGGACACGUGGAUCUCGAGAAACGUGCAACAGACGUACAUCUUCACAGACGGGGAGGAUGCAGAGCUAAAAAAGAAAAUUGGGAGUCACGCAAUCAACACAAACUGCUCUGCAGCUCACAGUCGACAAGCUCUCUCCUGCAAGAUGGCGGUGGAAUAUGAUAAAUUCAUAGAGUCAGGGAAAAAGUGGUUCUGUCACGUCGACGACGACAACUACGUGAACGUUCGGACCCUGGUGAAGCACCUGUCCCAGUACCCCCACACCCAGGACAUGUACAUCGGUAAACCCAGUCUGGACCGGCCCAUCGAGGCCACGGAGAGGCUGGGGGACAACAAGAUGAAACCGGUGAACUUCUGGUUCGCUACCGGGGGAGCCGGCUUCUGUGUGAGCCGAGGGCUGGCGCUGAAGAUGAGCCCGUGGGCCAGCGGCGGCCACUUCAUGAACACAGCGGAGAAGAUCCGUCUGCCCGACGACUGCACUGUGGGUUACAUCAUCGAGUCGGUUCUAGGGGUUCCUCUGACCCGCAGCAACCUGUUUCACUCCCACCUGGAGAACCUGCAACAAGUGUCCAGAACGGAGAUACACAAGCAGAUCACCCUCAGUUAUGGGAUGUUCGAAAACAAGAGUAACAUCAUCAAUUUCAAAGGGGCUUUUCCUGUGGAGGAGGAUCCAUCAAGGUUCAAGUCGGUGCACUGUCUCCUGUACCCGGACACCCCCUGGUGUCCCCCUCAGGUUGCCUUCUAGGGCGACCGCUCCUUUUUCUCAUCCUCGUCCCCGUCGCGCCUCGGUAUCUGAAAGGCUGGCGGGGACCCGUGUUUUGGUAUGCGACCGCGCGGCUGCAGUGUUGUUGCUGCAGUUUGUGCGCGGUCUUUAAUAGUUUUACUGGGCUGCUGUGCGGCCCGCCUCGGGACUAUUCCUUCCUGUACCGGAGCAGGGACCUCGCCCCAUUAUGUUCUGGUGCGGGACCCCAGCUCUCGGGCAGGAAGUAGCUUUCAGCGUUAAGCUUUGCAGGCAAUCAGUUGAGCUUUUUGUGAUGUAUAUAUUGCUUGUAAAUGUAUUUGCAAUUCUCAUAGAAUGUAUUGACAUAUAUUCAAGCCUUUUUGCCAGCUUUACAUUAACAUUUUCUUUCUUUUUUUUUUUUUUUUCUUUUCUUUAAAAAAAAAAGAAGCUUUUUUUAUUGUCUUUCCUCACAUAUAAUUGGCAUUUUUGUUCAGAAUUUUUUUACUACGAUGACUCCGGACAAAUGCUCUAAUAUGAAGAUAUUGUUGUGCUUUUAAGUGAACUGUGUUAUUUCUCCCAUUAACUGAGCUGGCAGUCGGCAGAUUCCCUAAUGCAUCCUUUGGGGGACCUAAUCUGAGGUAUAUCAGGACUAAGCACUUUUUCCCGUUGCGAUUAUAUAUUUCGGUCAACUGACCUAAUUUACGUCCUUUUUAAUGACAUGCUUCAGAUUUGUGUCCAAACUGUAACAAAGAAAAAUAACCUCGCCAAAAUCUCCUCAUCUAUUCAUGUUUUUUAUAUAUAUAUAUAUAUAUAAAAUAAUGAGUAGGAAGAGAUUUUGACUCCGGGUUACAAUCAGCUUUUGAAAUGUUUCUUAUUUGUUGUUGAAAAAAAAUUGCACAGCUGAGUUUCAAAUGAGCUGAUGUUUGCUCCUGAAAAGACGCUCGCCUCACGCGGUUCGACAGUGACAAAUUAGUGAAAAGUAAAAAAACAAUCCAUUUGAAACCAAGGCAUCGGAACAAUAACCGCGUGUGUAAUAUGAGCCACGGCUUCUUAAUGGUUUGCACAAAAGACUCUGCUGUCGUUCCGUCUUCACACAGAACUGAGGCCUGCGAGGCUUCCCAGGAGCAACAUGAGUGUUUCCACAUGGAGGCGUCUGCGCCCUCCGUGUGUCGUCUCUCGCCCAUAUUGGGUCGCAUUGUACAUUUUGAUGGCAGUAUUGUGUACUGUGUCUUUUGUUUUUAAACGAGUAGUUUCCCUCUUA